UUUCAGGUGUAGAGUUUAGCAUAAAUCAGUUUGUGCGGAACCUCGGCCUUGAACAUCUAAUUGACAUAUUUGAGAGAGAACAGAUAACACUGGAUGUAUUGGUUGAAAUGGGACACAAAGAACUGAAGGAAAUUGGAAUUAAUGCUUAUGGUCAUAGGCAUAAAAUCAUUAAAGGAGUUGAAAGACUAAUUUCCGGACAGCAAGGACUUAACCCAUACCUGACUUUAAAUACGUCUGGUAGUGGAACUAUUCUCAUAGAUCUUUCCACUGAAGAUAAGGAAUUUCAGUCAGUAGAAGAAGAGAUGCAGAGUACUGUUCGAGAGCAUAGAGAUGGAGGACAUGCUGGCGGAGUCUUCAAUAGAUACAACAUCUUAAAGAUUCAGAAAGUGUGCAACAAAAAACUGUGGGAAAGAUACACUCACAGGAGGAAAGAGGUCUCUGAAGAGAAUCAUAACCACGCUAAUGAACGGAUGCUGUUUCACGGCUCACCAUUUGUGAAUGCAAUCAUUCACAAAGGCUUUGAUGAGAGACAUGCCUAUAUAGGCGGUAUGUUUGGAGCUGGGAUUUAUUUUGCUGAAAAUUCUUCCAAAAGCAAUCAGUAUGUGUAUGGAAUUGGAGGUGGCACUGGAUGCCCAAUUCACAAAGACAGAUCGUGUUAUGUUUGCCACAGGCAAUUGCUGUUUUGUCGCGUAACGCUGGGCAAGUCUUUUCUGCAGUUCAGUGCUAUGAAAAUGGCUCAUUCUCCCCCAGGACAUCACUCAGUUACCGGGCGACCCAGUGUAAAUGGAUUGGCAUUGGCAGAAUAUGUCAUUUACAGAGGGGAGCAGGCUUAUCCAGAAUACUUGAUUACUUACCAGAUUAUGAAACCUGAAGCCGCUGCUGAAACUUAAGACAAGUUACUUGUGGAAAACCAUCAGGCUUUUGAUGCGAAGAUAUCUGUGGCUGCCAUCGUGUUAAUUACGAAUUGAAAAACAUUCAUCCACAGGUGGUGUGGUAGCAAAUGUGAACAAAAUAUACCUUUUUUGACUUGAUAAAGCUUUAAUAAUGUACAGUAUGUUUUUUCUAAAAUUUCAGAAAUAUCCUCUUUUUCAGCACUUUAACAGAUACCAUUCCAGGCAUAAAGUGGGGUCUGGCUAUACUAAAUUAUAAACAAAAGUUAACUUGAAACAAUGGUUUUGAUACAAUAUUGCAUUGAAAUUUAGCAGAAGUUGUAAUGGUCUAUACAGGAAUUCAUUUUACUAAUAUUGUGUUCUUUAAAACACUGCAUUUACACUGAAAACGUUUUCAUUUGUAAAACUGUAAAUAAGAGCUUUUGUACUAGCCUGGUAUUUAUUUACAUUGUUUUGUAAUAUAAGUGUUUAGAACUAC